AUGGCAGCCAAUACGACUCCUCAUCAUGACUUAGUCGCCUGGAAGUUACCACAUUCAGCGGCUGCAAGACCCGUCCUCUUUGACUUUGUCCUCAUCGAUCACAACCUCAACUCUUUCUUAUCUGCCUUUCAGACUCUCUUCAGUAUCACCAUCAGAUCGUCCUCCGUGACAAUGAAGUUCACUGCUACUACCUUUGCCCUCUUUGCAGCAAGUGCAUUUGCUAGCCCCUUAGGCCACGGCCUUGCUGCCCGUGUUGCUGGACGCAACCGUCUAUCGCACCCCAAGCAAACCAACAAUACCAAUGUUGACUAUUCCUCCAACUGGUCCGGCGCCGUGUUGACCUCGCCUCCAUCAGGCACCACCUUUACUUCCGUGUCCGCUCAGUUUACUGUCCCAACCCCUCAGCCCGUCAACGGCCAAGCAGGCUCAUCCUCCGCCUGGGUUGGUAUUGACGGUGACACCUACAGCGCCGCCAUUCUGCAGACCGGCGUUGACUUCAGUGUUGAUGCCAGCGGUGCCGUCUCCUUUGACGCCUGGUAUGAAUGGUUCCCGGAUUAUGCCUACGACUUUUCGGGCAUUGACAUCAGUGCUGGAGACGUUAUUGCUGUUUCGGUUGUGUCCAGCUCCAGCACCUCUGGAACAGCCACCAUCCAGAAUUUGAGCAAUGGCCAGACCGUCAACCAGGACCUCACCGCCCCUGACUCUUCCUCUGCUUUGGGUGGUCAGAAUGCCGAAUGGAUUGUUGAGGAUUUUGAGUCUGGUGGUAGCUUGGUUACCCUUGACAACUUCGGAACAGUUACUUUCACAUCUGCCUCAGCUGGUCUUUCCAACGGCGAAUCUGUCGGCACUGACGGUGCUGAUUUGAUUGAUAUCGAGCAGAAUGGUCAGGUUUUGACCACCGCUUCGACCCCAAGUUCUUCCGAGGUUGUUGUUACCUACUCUGGUUAA